GCAGCAAGAAGGCGGUAAUUAUACCUUUCAGUGCUACGAAUGCCAGAAGCAAUUCACCCGACCCUACAACUUGAAAUCCCACAUGCGCACACAUACCAAGGAGCGACCCUAUGUUUGUGAUACCGCAGGCUGUCCUUGGAAGUUUGCACGUCCACACGAUCUGAAACGACAUCAGUUACUGCACAGCGGCAUCAAACCCCACAAGUGUCCUCAUUGUGAUCGGCGGUUUGCUAGGCGCGAUGCUCUACGUAGACACUGGAAAGUGGAUGAAGAGUGUGAUGCUGCAGUGACCGAUCGUGGUGUUGCUGCAACAUCGGUGCUUAAGCGUCGUCGCAGUCGAGGUGCAGGACGCAAGUAAAACAACAACAGCGACCAGACAUCUAGAUUUUUCACACACUCUCACCUUGCAUCCAAGAACUUUCUUCAUAUAACCCCCAACCCUCAACCCUUGUUACCCUGUUCUAAACCGUAUGUAUGUAUAUAUACCCACUAUAAGCACUUCCCUUUUCCCACUCUUUGGGAAACCUUUGUUAUUAAUAUCUUUUCUUUUCUUGUUCAUGAUUUCAUUAUACAUCCCCUUUUCACUAGCAACACACGACGCCCUUCUUGUUCAUUUAUCCAUUGUUCUUAUUUACUGAUAUCAUCGUUAGCACGUAUGCCAAAAUCUAUAACAAAUAUAUAUGUAUCGGUUAAUCACGAU